UUUUAUAAAAAAAAACUAACCCGCAUCGAGUCGCUCUUCCUUCUUUCUCCUCGCCGUUUGCACCGCACUCCCAGAUCUCCCCCUCCCCGCCUCUCUCGCGUCGCGGCGAUGGCCAACGAGCCCCUCGACCCGCCGCCGGCGCCUCCCCCCGCGCUCCUCCGCCCGCGGCGGGAGGCGUUCGAGUACGGCCUCCUGCCCAUCCCCAAGCUCAUCUUCCCGGAGGGCACGCUGGCGCAGACCCUCGCCCAGAUCAAGGAAAAGCUCGCCGCCGCGGCCCCCGAUGGGCGCGUGGGCGCCACGGAGAUGGCAGAGGCGCUGCAGAUCCCGACCGAGCAGGCGGCGCUCGCGCUCGGCACUCUCGCGGCGGUGCUCCCCGCCGAUGACCCAGCGCUGGGGGCCGGCGCCGGCGCCAGCGCGGACAUCCGCGAUGUGGUGCUAUACCUCUACAUCCAGUCGUACAAGCGCCUCGUCCCGCGCAGCGCGCACAAGGACUCGCCCGCCGUGGCGGACGUCUGGCCGUCCACCUCCGCGUUCGAUGGGUACCUCUCCGCGCUCUCCCCGAUCCAGCUUGUACGCAGUAAUAGCCGUCGUUUUAUGCCAUCCCAAGCUGAUGAAGAAAUUCAUCAGCUGUCUUAUCUCCAAAAGCAUAUGGCAAAUAUUCUUACUCUCUUGGCAGAUUCUGUUGAGGGAGAGGGUGAUGAUUCUCUGGUAUUGACAAUGGAGACUUUUGAGCACCUUGGAUUUCUAGUUCAAUUCUCAGAAAGAACUUCCUUAAGCCAGGCAGCCACAUUUUUUGCAAAUUCUGAUCCAGACAUGCCUGCUGCUCCUGUCCCUGCUGCUCAGGUUCUUGAUUGGAUUUCACAGAACAUAGCUUCUUCACUGGAAUAUUCUGCUGAGAAGUCUGCUGCGAAGGAAAGCAGCCAGCAAAUCGAUGUUGAUGUGACCAUGGCUGAUGCCAAUACAAGUCAUCCACGGAACAGCACACCAAGUUCCAAUCCUGCAUACUACAGAAAUACUACUUUUGUGGAGGGCUUUUCCAAAACCUCUGUUGUCAAGCAUGCAGCUGAUGUCAAAGGGCACUCCAUGAAGGUUUUGAACUGCCAUGAUUCUGUUAUCUACAUAUUGGCACCACUGAAGUAUGCUACCGUGUAUGGCUGUUCUGAUGCUACAGUUGUUCUUGGUGCUGUUGGUAAGGUAGUAAAAGUGGAGCAUUGUGAAAGAGUGCAUAUCAUUGCAGCUGCAAAACGAAUUUCUAUUGCUAACUGUCGUGAGUGCAUCUUCUACCUGGGAAUAAAUUACCAACCUCUUGUUUUGGGGGACAACCAUAAAUUACAAGUUGCUCCGUUCAACACUUACUAUCCACAAUUACGGGAUCAUAUGAUGCAAGUUGGUGUCGAUCCCACUGUCAAUAAAUGGGACCAACCUUUUGUAUUGGGAGUUGUUGAUCCACACGAUUCAUUGUCCCAUCCUGCUGGGGCUUCUGAUGUUAAAGCUGAAUCUGCUACUUGUCUGGAUCCUGAUCUAUUCACUAAUUUUUUGAUUCCUAGUUGGUUUGAAGCUGAAGUGCAAGAGACUACAAAAUGCAAUCCCUUUCCAUUGCCUGAAAUUUAUCUAGCAUCCCAAAGCAGAAAGCAUUCUGCUCUGGAAGAUAUUCAGAAGACUGUUCGAGAGCUGCAGCUUGAUGACAAUAGGAGAAGGGAAUUGACGAGUGCCCUUCAUGCACAGUUCAAGGAUUGGUUAUACGCUUCGGGCAAUAUCCGCCAGCUCUACUGUCUGCAAGGAGAUUGACGUGUGAUGAACUGCUCUCAUAAAUGCAAUUGUGCACCUGCAAGUCUGUUUAUCCUCUGCCGACCCCGACUCCAUAACAUUCGACAAUUGUCGAAGCUGACCUUACUCCCUGGAGAGGAUUCCACCUGCUCUCCCAGCCUGUAGUAUCUAUUAUCUAAACAAGGAUGUAAAAAAGCACGUGUACUAUUGCCUAUUUUUGCAAAGUAGUUUCUCUAUUUUCCCCACAUUUUCAUUUGUUGUGAUGUCGGUGGUUGAUUAGAAUGUAAUCCUUGUUUUCCGGUGAUAACACAUUUUUGGCCCUUCAUAACAUCCACGAGUAUGUAAUAGGGAUCAAUGAAUCAACUGUGUUAAAUAAACAUUUCAUUUCUUUUUUUGAAGAAAAUAGCAUUUGAUUUCUUCAUUUA